CCCCAGCACGGUUAUAAAGCAAUAUAUAAGGCAUCGGAAACAGCACUGACAGCAGGCAUAUGCUUUGUUAGGAGAAUGUCGUACCUGAAAGCAGUGAUCCUCUGGAACAUACUUUGCCUAUCCCUGCUGGUCGUUUCGGUGGCCUUGGUGCGAGAAGUUUCUUCUGAAGAUUUAUCAAGCUGUGCAGGGAGAUGUGGGGAAGGGUUUUCUAGAGAGAAUGACUGCCAGUGUGACUAUAGCUGUCGACACUUCGAGGAGUGCUGCCCCGACUUCGGGAAGGUCUGCUCCCCGGCACUCUCCUGUAGAGGACGUUGCUUUGAAAGCUUUGAAAGAGGAAGAGUGUGCGACUGUGAUGCCGACUGUGAAAAAUAUCUCAAGUGCUGUCCAGACUACGCAGACCAUUGUAAAGAGGCAUACACAACAGAGCCUCCACCCAAGCCUUCUCCUCCGGCAAACAAAUCAACAUCUAAGCGGUCAUCCAAAAAUGAGGAAGAGAAGCCAAAGAAAGUAACAGAGCCCCCUGAAGUUAUGGGAGAAACAACACCUGCAGCCACCAAGGCUGUAACAACCACAACAGACCCUCCCACCACCCCCCAAAAAGAAGAGACAACCCCUGCAGCCACAACCACGACCGAGGCGCCCACCACCCCCAAAAAAGAAGAGACAACCCCUGCAGCCACAACCACGACCGAGGCUCCCACCACCCCCAAAAAAGAAGAGACAACCCCUGCAGCCACGACCGAGGCUCCCACCAUCCCCAAAAAAGAAGAGACAACUCCUGCAGCCGUGAGCACUCCUGUGGCCAUGACAGAGCGUCCCACCACCCCUGAAAAUGAGCAGACAGCCCCUGCAGCCACUGAGGCAGCCACGACAAAAGCAGACUCUCCCACAACUCCCCCAAAAGAAGAGACUACUCCUGUAGCAACAGAAGCAACAACGACCAAGGCAGAUCCUCCCACCACUGCUGAAAACGAAGACACUACUCCUAUAGCCACCGAGCAAGCAACAACCGAGGCAGAACCUCCAACCAUCCCAGAAAAUGAAGAGACUACUGCAGCAACAGAAGAAGUAACGACAGAGGAAGACUCUGUCGUUGACCCUCGAAACACAGAGACUACUCCUGUGGACAUCGAGGCACCAACAACAGAGGGCGAUGCUCCCACCACCCUGGAAAACGAAGAGACAACUCCGGGGGCCACCGAGGCACCCACAACCAAGGCUGAUGCUCCCACCACCCCAGAAAAGAUAGAGACUUCUCCUGCAGCCACUGAGGCACCAACAACAGAGGCUGAUACUUCCACCACCCCAGAAAAGACUGAAACUACUACUGUAGCCACCGAGGCACCCACAACCAAGGCCGACACUCCCACCACCCCAGAAAAGAUAGAGACUUCUCCUGCAGCCACUGAGGCACCCACAACCAAGGCUGAUGCUCCCACCACCCCAGAAAAGAUAGAGACUUCUCCUGCAGCCACUGAGGCACCAACAACAGAGGCUGAUACUUCCACCACCCCAGAAAAGACUGAAACUACUACUGUAGCCACCGAGGCACCCACAACCAAGGCCGACACUCCCACCACCCCAGAAAAGAUAGAGACUUCUCCUGCAGCCACUGAGGCACCAACAACCAAGGCUGAUGCUCCCACCACCCCAGAAAAGAUAGAGACUUCUCCUGCAGCCACUGAGGCACCAACAACAGAGGCUGAUACUUCCACCACCCCAGAAAAGACUGAAACUACUACUGUAGCCACCGAGGCACCCACAACCAAGGCCGACACUCCCACCACCCCAGAAAAGAUAGAGACUUCUCCUGCAGCCACUGAGGCACCCACGACCAAGGCUGAUGCUCCCACCACCCCAGAAAAGACAGAAACUACUACUGUGGCCACUGAGGCACCCACGACCAAGGCCGACGCUCCCACCACCCCAGAAAAGACUGAAACUUCUCCUGCGGCCACUGAGGCACCCACGACCAAGGCCGACGCUCCCACCACCCCAGAAAAGACUGAAACUUCUCCUGCGGCCACUGAGGCACCCACGACCAAGGCCGACGCUCCCACCACCUCAGAAAAGACUGAAACUUCUCCUGCGGCCACUGAGGCACCCACGACCAAGGCUGAUGCUCCCACCACCCCACAAACGACAGAAACUUCUCCUGCGGCCACUGAGGCACCCACGACCAAGGCCGACGCUCCCACCACCCCAGAAAAGACUGAAACUUCUCCUGCGGCCACUGAGGCACCCACGACCAAGGCCGACGCUCCCACCACCCCAGAAAAGACUGAAACUUCUCCUGUGGCCACUGAGGCACCCACAACCAAGGCUGAUGCUCCCACCACCCCAGAAAAGAUAGAAACUACUACUGUGGCCACUGAGGCACCCACGACCAAGGCUGAUGCUCCCACCACCCCAGAAAAGAUAGAGACUUCUCCUGCAGCCACUGAGGCACCAACAACCAAGGCCAAUGCUCCCACCACCCCAGAAAAGACAGAAACUUCCCCCGCGGCCACUGAGGCACCAACAACCAAGGCUGAUGCUCCCACCACCCCAGAAAAGAAAGAGACUAGUACUGUAGCCACCGAGGCACCCACGACCAAGGCCGAUGCUUCCACCACCCCAGAAAAGACUGAAACUUCUCCUGCAGCCACUGAGGCACCCACGACCAAGGCCAACGCUCCCACCACCCCAGAAAAGAUAGAAACUUCUCCUGCAGCCACUGAGGCACCCACGACCAAGGCCGACGCUCCCACCACCCCAGAAAAGACUGAAACUUCUCCUGUGGCCACUGAGGCACCCACGACCAAGGCUGACGCUCCCACCACCCCAGAAAAGAUAGAGACUACUACUGUAGCCACCGAGGCACCCACAACCAAGGCCGACACUCCCACCACCCCAGAAAAGACAGACACUUCUCCUGCGGCCACUGAAGCACCAACAACCAAGGCUGAUGCUCCCACCACCCCAGAAAAGACAGACGCUUCUCCCAUGGCCACCGAGGCACCAACAACCAAGGCUGAUGCUCCCACCACCCCAGAAAAGAUAGAGACUUCUCCUACAGCCACUGAGGUACCAACAACCAAGGCCAAUGCUCCCACCACCCCAGAAAAGACAGAAACUUCCCCCGUGGCCACUGAGGCACCCACGACCAAGGCCGACACUCCCACCACCCCAGAAAAGAUAGAGACUACUACUGUGGCCACUAAAGCAGCCACAACCAAGGCUGAUGCUCCCACCACCCCAAAAAAUGUAGAGACUUCUCCUGUGGCCACUGAUGCAGCUAAAAAAAUUACAACUGUUGUACCAAAAGUGCCAACCACCACACCUGGAGAAGACAAGGCUACAGCAGCAGCAAAGACAGUGACAACAGCUAAAGCCGCUGUAUCUGAAGAGCCCCUAAUUUUGGAUAAGGGGGACGCAGCAACCACUGCCACUGAAAAAAGCGUAAUGAGCACCACGACAGCGACUGUGGUGGGCAAAGAUACCGCCACGAGAGCCAAAGAGACAGCAGUGACCGCUAAACCGGACACACCUGCUGCAGGCAAAGGCAUCGUAACAACAACAGGCGAAAAAGCCAGUACUGCCACUAAAACAGCAAGGACCCCAGUAACCACAGAGACAACCAGGAGGAAAGAAACCACCACGGUGGUGCGCAAAGAGGUAACACCAACAGCGAGACCAGAUGAAGCUCCUGAAGGUACCACCAAUACUCCAGAUACAACUACUACAGCCAAAGAAACCGUAACAACAGCAGCUAAAACAGAUGCAACCACGGUGGGCAAAAAGACUGUAACAACAGCUAAAGGGAAAGACGCUGCCCCAGCCAGACCCACGCCGAAAGAGACAUCGACAACGGCAGCGCAAAAAGAAAAACAUCCGGCGGGCACAGCGACUGUAUCAUCAACCGUGGCCAAAAAACCUACCGCUGCCUCGCCUGGAGCCGUGGCGCCGACCACCGCCGCCCAGAGAGGUUCAGCUCCCCAAACGAGCGCUGGGAGAACCACCGCCACCACCACCGCGGCGGCGAAGAGGGUCGCAGGAGAGGAAGCGCUGACGGUCCCCGCUCCGCCGCGGCCCGGGGGCUUCCCGGCUGGGCCGGGGGGAGCGCAGGGCAACCGCUUCCCACCAAGUACCGAGGCGCCGGCGGCCCCCGCGCCGCCUUUCCGCCCCGCCGUGCUGGCUCUCGCGCGCGUAAAGGAGGAGAAGAACCUGUGCAACGGGAAGCCGGCGGACGCAGUGGUCGCGCUGCAGAACGGGACGCUGGCGGUUUUCCGAGGUCACUACUACUGGCUGCUGACGGGCCGGAGCCCGCCGACGGCCGAGCCGCGCCGCAUCGCCGACGGCUGGGGCGUCCCGUCCCCCAUCGACACCGUCUUCUCCAGGUGCAACUGCGACGGCAAAACCUUCUUCAUCAAGGACACGCUCUACUGGCGGUUCACGGACGGCGUGAUGGACGCCGGCUACCCCAAGCCCCUCGCCAGAGGCUUUGCGGGGCUCAGCGGGAAAAUAGUAGCAGCCCUCCCUGUGGCGAGGUACAGCAACAGGCCAGAAUCGGUGUAUUUUAUCAAAAAAGGUGGCAAAAUACAGCAGUAUAUGUACAAACAAGAACCAGCCAGGAAGUGCAAAAAUAAAGCCCAGGUUACCAUAAAAUACCCAGCUUAUGUCCCAAGAUUUGUAAUCAGGAGACGCUUUCAACGUGAAGUAAGAUUGCAGGCUUUUCAGACCGUCAGAAUCAAUCCGUAUCCAUCUGAAGUUUUACGUAAGGAAGUUAAAAUCACGGCCUACUGGAGAGGACUCCCAAAAGUAAUUCAUUCAACCAUAUCAGUACCAAACUACAAUAAACCAGAUGGCUAUGAUUAUUAUGCCUUCUCCAACAAUCGGUACUACAGUUUGGAUGUGGGCAGCAAAACAGCAACGUCUGUUACUUAUCUCACUGGAAAGACGGUAUCCAAAGACUGGUAUAACUGUCCUAAGUGAUGCAUACCACGGGAUUUUUUUAAAAAAGAUGCCAUUUUAACGUUGACAGUUUGUCUAAUUUUAUUAAUAAAGACAUUGAAUUGUGUGCACACAAAUCUAAGUAUAAAAUGCUGCUUUAAGCUCUGCUUUCAUUACACUAAAACAACCACAGGCAAACUGGCACCUUUUAUACACAGCUGUGAUGACUUUACAGAUCAUUUAACUAAUAUUGCCUCUGUUCAGGCCUCCUCUGCCUCCCAUUGCAUGAGUUACACCUGUGUUGGGAAAGAAAACAAAUGAAUUAAUAGAAGUCCUUUUCUCCCCUUUAAUCAAACAUUAGCAUAUAUGCUACUUGAUUCUUCUCUAGAAAGUACUAAUGCAAAGAAAUACUUCCUGUCCCUUAAAACUCAGCCUCUCUUCCUCUCCUUAGCCCUGGGGUAUGGAUACAUUACUGUUUUGCCAUCUAAGAGAAGGUUGUUGGCUUGUGAUCCUUAACUGUCUUAGGCUGUGUGCCAAAAGAACGAGGAUAGCAUUCUUAAUCAUAAUUGAAAGCAAUCAGCCCCUCCUUUUGGUUAAUAAAGAAAUGGUGAUAGACUAUAAAGGAUACCUAUCCCAGCUCUUCCUCCUUUUUCUUCUUCUUCUUUUUCUUUAAUUCUAAAGAAAUACUAGAUUCAUGUAUUUCAAUGCUAGUAUCAAGUUGUCUACAUUGUUAAAAUAAUGCCAAAUUGAAUACCUUUCAUCUGAGGAGUUUUCUUAAAACAGAGGUUAAACAAAAAUGUAUUUUCCUGCUUUAGCUCUAUUGCUAGAAAAAAAAAAUCUGUUUUUUUUUUUUUAAUCAGAGUAAGACUUAGUGAUAUAAUGACUGGAAUCCUUAUGCAGUACCAGAUGGGAAACUGAGCUCUAAUCUUACAAACUCGGAGUUCUAAAGUUAUGCCCUAACAUUAUUUUUUGAGUUUUUUUUUGUUUUUUUUGGUUAUAUUUAAGAUCUACUACCACUCUCUUACCUUCCUUUGUUAAGAACCAAGUGCUGCAUAAGAAGAAAGUCUGCUUAUCAGAAAAAUGCUCAGGCUAACAUACCAACAUGAGUCCUACCAAAUUUUUAGGGUAACAUUGAAAACUAGGGCAGGGAUGCUGUAUUAUUCAAUGUCUUACAAGUAAUCACAAACACUUAAAGCAGUACCUCAUAUACGGCCACCAAAGGACGAAACUAUUAAAAAUUGAUUUGAAAGAAAAAAGUCUUAACCUGAGCAAUGACAAACACUUACCCCUCUGUCUAUUGAAUUGACGACCACGAACACCAGUUCUUAAUGUUGGUGGCUGAAGUCUGACACGUCGAAAUGGCUUAGGCUGAUUACUACUUGUGUCUGUGAAGAAGGGGAAAUACAGGAGAGAAUGUCUAAUGUGUGGUGCACUUUAUCACUGUUUAUGUUUACAUGACUUGAUAUACAUCUGUGCUCUUGAAUUUACUUUAAAAUUAUGGUGGAAUCAUAGUUCAUUGACAUCUGAUAAUAAAUAAAAGCCUCAGACUGAAGAA